AUGUCUUUGAGCACUAUAUACCACCGCCUCUUGAGCUUCUUCCACACGCGAGGGAGUCGUAGCAAGCGGCAGGAUAUUACCAUACAGCCUGUCGGGCAGCGAUCCAAAGACCUGGAGCAGGAAGUAACACCACUCACGCAAGCAGAGCCGGCUAUGGAGGGACCAGGAAAUGCAGCCGAUAGUUCUACGACCCAAAACAGCUUCACAAAAUUCUUCGAAUUACCCUACGAGCUUCGAGACGCCAUCUACGAGUAUCUCCUGCCUCCCAACAGCAAGAUCCACUACAUCGGUGGACCUCUUCCAAGCGGAACCUUCCAUAUCGAAGAUACCUGGAUCUCAAAUAUGUGCCAAGCCGACCCACGAUUCAACCCAGAUCUUGAACGGAUCGAACAAGUACGGCCAAUUUGUCGCUUCAUCGUCUCCCCAGACGGCUGCGACAUUCCGCAUGACUUCGACAUCAACAAGUACAAGAGGCUAGAAAUCUUCUUUGAGCAUUACCACCUCGCAACCCCUGGGGUUCGCGGCCAUCACAUCGCAUUCAGUCAUUCUCUGAUGACGAUGAGUAACAAUUUCCGUCGCUUCGUCAAUCGAAUCAAGACCCACGAGCGACUCCCCGAGAUCCAUGUCUCAUUUCGUGACGAGCCUCGGCUUGGGUUGUAUGGAGACCGGCACUGGACUCACGAAUUGCAACAGGGCGGUCAAUUCACGCAGGUCCCUGCUCAGAUACUCUCCAUUAGUCGCGGAGAGCGAAUGUCGCUGAUCUGGUAUCUGCUCGAACCUAUCCUGCGACUUCCACUAGCCAAAACUGCUACCAUCCAGCCUAUCACGUGUCUGAUUGCGAGUGGACAUAACGGUCCGUUCGACUCCUUUCCCAACAUUGAAAAUUUGAGCGGCAGGUGGAUGGUGGCGUUGUGUUCUGCGUUGAGUUCGUGGCUUGAGGGCGAACGCGAACAGCCCUUCGAGGAUCUGCUCAAUCAGCGAAGCUCGGGGCCGGGAAGGCUGGCCCUGGCGUACUUGUAG